AUGGUGUUUUUGCAGGGCCAAGAAUACGAAAGACAGGUACAGAAACUUAAAGAAGAUGUAAGGAUAAUAUUUGCGAAUGCAGUGGACUCUGUGGCAACGUUUGAGUUGAUUGACAGCGUAAACAAGUUAGGCCUAGCAAAGCACUUUGAUAUGGAAAUCAAAGAGGCUCUAGACACCAUUGCAUCCACUAAGAAGAAAAUUUCUAGUCCAGAAGAGGAUCUCUACACUACUGCACUAUGCUUUAGGCUUUUUAGGCAGCAUGGCUAUGAAGUUUCUCUAUACAUUCUGUGCAAUUCAGAUAUGUUUAGAGGCUUCAUGGAUGAAAAAAUUGGUUUGUACAGAGAAAACACAAACAUAAAUAUUAAAGAAAUGCUUGAGCUUUUCGAGGCUUCACACUUGGGUUUAGAAGGUGAAAACAUUCUGGAUGUGGUUAGAGAAUAUUUCUCAACUGCAACUCUCAAAGAAAGCAUUUCCAGUUUAGACAGUGACCUUGCCAAGCAAGUGGUUCAUGUUUUGGAACUUCCAUCACAAAGGAGAGUACAGUGGUUUGACGUCAAAUGGCACAUCAUUUCAUAUGAGAAAGACAGUCACAUGAACUCUAGCUUACUUGAACUUGCUAAACUUCAUUUCAACAUAGUUCAAGCCAUACUUCAAAAAGAUCUAAGGGAAUCAUCCAGGUAG